AUGAGCAAAAACGGCAGCAUCCGCAGCUUCUUCAGGCCAGUCCCGCAGGCUUCACACACGUCACAGCCCUCGCCGCCCUCAGAAUCCCAGUCUUCUCUUCCACAGCCACCUUCGUCGCCAAAUCCGGCCCUGCUGUCUUCACCGCAGCCUGCAACGCCACCACGCCCCCAUGCCAUCAGCCGUGAUGCCAUCAUCCACGGAUCGGAUGAAGAGGACGAUGCGUCCGACUCAUCACUGCCUGAUCUUUGCGCGCUUCCCCGCCAAGCCGAGUCGCCUAUAGCAUAUCCCUCUCCUGCCCCCAAGGACCGCAAUUCCUGCGUGACGCCUAGGGCGAAGAGGACGGCCAAGGAAUUCCAUUCCUCGCCGUUGACUCUGAUGCCCAAAUACAAUCUACCGCCAAAGUUUGAUCUCAAGGCGCUGUUGAGCCACGCCAGGAAGGAUGACGCCACAGAGGCAAGUGCCCAGAGGGUCUCGGCUACGAUCUCCAGGAAGCAGAGCCCAUCUGCCCUUUCUGCACAAAACGAUCCCGCCGCAGUGUUGCACAAGCAUGUGAUGGACCUGGGAGAUGGCGAUGACGACGAAGAUGCAGAAGUGGACAAGCAUAAGCUUCGCAGAGCCAUCGACCGGACCGAACUCGGAGCCGCCCGCAAGAGGUGGUAUUUCUUCAAACAAAACUUUGAGCCGCCGCCCUUUUCUCAAACUCCUUUCCCGAACGCGGCGGCGACAGGCAGAUGGCGCUUCUUGAAGGAUGCAAAGUCAAGGCGUGAAGACUUUGAGAACGGCAUCCCCCAGCUCAUGGUGACGAAGCAGAAUGACUUGCCUGAUGAGAUUUUCCUCUGGGUGCUGGACCAAGCAUGCCUUGAGCCAGCUGAUUCUCUUCGAGCGACCUACGUUGGACUGCUUUCAGUCUGCAACCACCAUAUCACUCGUCUUGUCGAUGCGGACCGCCUGAAGCAGAUGUUCCACAGCUUGGGGUGCCGUUGGGAAAGCACCGAUUUCUCGAGUCGGCUGGACAGUAUUCAGGAGUUCAAUGAUCCAUAUCCGGGUAGGACCUGGUCUCAGCUUCGAUCUGUCCUUCAGUUCCUGUCUGUCGCAGCACCACACAUGUCGCCAGCCUGUCUGACGUGCGCUACCAACAUCCUUCUACGACUGGGAAUCGACACUGUUGUGAUUGAGAACCCAGAUAUCAUGGUCGCUUACGAGGAGGCUCUUGCAAACAUUGCCGACAAUGUGGCAGCGAACCAUUGGCAUGAGUUUUGCGAAGAAGUGUGUAUGACUUUGUAUACAAGCGUGGAGCAACCGACCCUGAGGUGGCAAUCUCUGUCUUGCAUGCCGUCAGGGAACCCCAGAGUCCACGAUCUACGGCGAAGGAUCGCUGCUGUGUCGUUCUUUGAUGACCUCAAAUACUCCCUGCACGAUGCCAUCUCGACGCUCCCAAUCAGCGUCAUCACAGAUCGACUGAGAGCAGACGAGCUCACCGUAAAUGCUCAAACCGAUUAUUACGACCUGACGGCAAUGAUCAGACUUCUAGACAUCACCGUCAACGACGGACUGAGUAAUGCGUACAACCCCCCGGACGCACACACCGAUUUCGACACCGACAUCGACAACCUGGCGCAGCGGCUCAAAGAGAUCUGGCAGGGCAUCAGCACUUCCGGCGCCGGGUACAUAUCUCGACUCGAGGCCAAGACCACACUGAAGAGCGUUCAGGAACGGCUCACGCACACUGUGCGCUCACGGCCCAAGCCAAAGACGGACAUUUACAGCGCCCUUUCGGCGUCGAAGACAGAGGACCCUUUCCAGGCGAAGAAGGAAGAGAGGCAGAGGGAGAAGCAACGAGCCAUGAUGAAUAGCUUUCUCCGGAAGGCGAGGCCGGUGGACUCUUUGACGUAA